AUGAUCAGUAAGGCAGACAGAAGCUUAGAAGCUGUUGAACAUAAUCCAAAAGCCUUCUUCCUUCCUGACAGUACCAUGAAGAUCUCUGGAGCUGUCCUGUCCAUGGUCCUCCUCACUGCUUAUUUCAUCUAUCAAGUCUAUGCCUCACCAGAUGCAGUCUCUACUCCGCAAAAUUGCUGCUUUGAAUUUACCAGUAAGAAGAUACCCUUGAAACUCCUAGUCAACUACAAAACCACCAGCAGCAUGUGCUCCAAGGAAGCGGUGAUCUUGGUGACCAAACGUGGACUCAACAUUUGUGCUAAUCCAAAGGAUCAGUGGGUCCAAGAUUUAAUGAAGAAUCUAGACAAUAUGAAAGCCAAGACCAUGAAGCCAAUGAAGACUGAAACCACUUCCUCUUACCCUGACCUCACUUCUCACCAAAGCACGACUGAAGAAUUAUUUCCCUCCAGUCUUCCAAAGCUUCUCUCUGAUACAUCUACUAUAAUUUAAAUAUGUUUAUUCUUAUUUAGAUUAUUAUUGUUUAAUUUAAUGUGCCAUAAAUAUUUAUGCCUUUAUUUUAUUUUAUUUUUGGUAACCAACCCUUCAAAAGUCAUUUAAUCUCUAUGGGCCUUAGCUUUUUCACUUCAAAAUGGGGGAAAUUCUCCUCCUGACCUCAAGAGAAAAUGUCAAGAAUUUGUUUGAAUGAUUUUUGAAUCUUCUGGGAAAAUGUUACUAUGAAAAAGAUGCUUCAAUAUGAUGACUAAA